CCCGGCAGGCCCCGGGCACGGGACGAGGCCGCGGCGGCGGCUCUGCGGGGCCGGGCCAUGGAGAGCCCCGGCGGCAGCGGCUCCCUGCGGGGCGACAUCGGUUUCUGGGCAGACCGCACGCCGGUGCACGAGGCCGCGCGCCGAGGGGAGAUCGGGCAGCUGCAGCAGCUGAUCGAGAGCGGCGCCUGCGUCAACGCCGUCACCUACGACUCCAUCACGCCCCUGCACGAGGCCAGCCUGCGGGGCCAGGCCCAGUGCGUCAAACUGCUGCUGGACGCGGGCGCGCAGGUGGACGCGCGGAACAUCGACGGCAGCACGCCGCUGUGCGACGCGUGCGCCUCGGGCAGCGUGGAGUGCGUGCGGGUGCUGCUGUCGCACGGCGCCAAGGUCAACCCGCCGCUGUACACGGCCUCGCCCCUGCACGAGGCCUGCAUGAACGGAGCCAACGUGAACGCGGCCAAGCUGCACGAGACGGCGCUGCACCACGCGGCCAAGGUGAGGAACGUGGACCUGGUGGAGCUGCUGGUGGAGUUUGGAGGGAACAUCUACGCCCGGGACAACCGGGGCAAGAAACCCUCGGAUUACACCUGGAGCAGCAGCCCCACGGCCAAGUGCUUCGAGUUCUACGAGAGGAUUCCCGGCUUUCGCAGGAGUUUUGGGAAUUUUGGGAGGGUUUUCGUUGGAAUUCACCCCCUGCAGGUCCCUGGCCGCCACCCCAUGGAAUCUGCGGGUCCCGGCGCGGCUCCCGUGGGAUUUGGGAUCCUUCCCGAUGUUCCCAAAGCGCCUCGGGCGCCCCCAAACCCCUUUUCCCGUUAA